AUGUCUCAGCUCAAGCAGAUACACGCUCACACAUUGCGCGCCACAUCGACCACAAACCCACACACCCUCUUCCUCCAUAGCCGAAUCCUCCAUUUCUCUUCGCUCGCCGAUCUCAACUACGCGUUUCGGGUUUUCAAUCAGAUUGAGAACCCUCAUUCGUUCAUGUGGAACACUCUCCUCAGGGCCUGCGCACGAAGCUCUCAACGCGUAGAGCAGGCCAUGUUGCUUUACUGUAGAAUGUUAGCUGAAGGGGCUGCUAUGCCUGAUCAAUAUACGUUCCCUUUUGUUCUUAGAGCUUGUGCAUACUUGUUUGCCUUGUCCGAAGGGAAACAAGCGCAUGCCAACGCUGUUAAACUUGGGUUUGAUUCGGAUGUUUAUAUUAACAACAGUUUGAUUCAUUUGUACGCUUCUUGUGGGCGUUUGGAAUUGGCGAAGAAGGUGUUUGAGAAAAUGCGCGAAAGAAGCGUUGUGUCCUGGAAUGUUAUGAUUGAUUCGUUUGUUCGGGCUGGCGAGUUUGAGACUGCGCUGAAACUGUUUGGUGAAAUGCAGAAGAAGUUUGAGCCCGAUGGGUAUACAAUGCAGAGCAUUAUAAAUGCUUGUGCUGGUUUGGGUGCUUUGUAUUUUGGGAUGUGGGCUCAUGCUUAUGUGUUGAGGAAGUGUGAUGGUGGUCUGGCUAACGAUAUUUUGAUAAACUCUUCGUUGAUUGAUAUGUAUUGCAAAUGUGGGUCCUUGGAAAUUGCUCAGCAAGUCUUCGACAGAAUGCCUAAACGUGAUGUAACUACAUGGAAUUAUAUGAUUCUAGGAUUUGCCAUGCAUGGUCAAGCUGAGGCUGCCUUGAAAUAUUUUGAACGUUUGGUUAAAAAGGAGACCUUUGCGCCCAAUUCUAUCACAUUUGUUGGUGUUCUGAGUGCAUGUAAUCACAGAGGCAUGGUAAAUGAAGGACGCAAGUUUUUCGAUAUGAUGGUAAACAAGUACAGGAUUGAACCCCGAUUAGAACACUACGGAUGCCUAGCUGAUCUCUUGGCACGUGCCGGCUUCAUCGAAGAAGCUUUGAAUUUGGUGACAACAAUGCCCAUGAAACCCGACAUUGUAAUAUGGAGGAGUCUUCUUGAUGCAUGUAGUAAGCAGCAUGCUAGUGUUGAGCUAAGUGAAGAAGUGGCCAGGCAGAUCCUCGAGUCUACAGGAGGCCAAGGAGGUGUUUCUAGUGGUGUUUACGUGCUUCUGUCAAGAGUAUAUGCUUCAGCUAGCCGUUGGAACGACGUUGGAUCGAUUAGAAAACUAAUGACAGAUGACGGUGUAGCGAAAGAGCCCGGCUGUAGUUUGAUAGAGAUAGAUGGUGUUACCCAUGAAUUUUUUGCAGGGGACACAUCUCACCCUCGCAGUAGAGAAAUAUAUAGGGUUCUGGAUGUGGUUAAAGAAAGGCUUGAAGUAAUGGGUCAUGACCUAGUGAGAGAAUAG